AUGGACACAACAGCCGCCAUUUCCUACACCGAUAUAUCAUCGUCUGUGACCAUAUCAACCGGAAAGACGUCCGACAUAGCUUCUGCCGAUUCGUCCCAAGUCACAGCCGCAACCGCGGUCAAUGUUUCGGGGUCCGUACGUACUAACACAAGCACAUCGGAUGCGCCGACUGCCGAUAAUCAACUCUUAGCUAUGCUUGUGGCCGAGUUGGCCUGUUGUGAAUGUGGUAAGCUGACGAGACAGCCUCAACUCGAACCGGACGGGAAGACAAUGAAUGCGAACAUUUUGGUUGAAUGUGUACAGUGUGGUGCAUUGUAUCAUCAAAUGUGUCAUCAACCACCAGUCCUCACAUCAUCCGGUACAAGCCAUCAGGAUUGGCGAUGUGGCUCCUGCUCGACCGCGACUGCUGCUGCUACUGGAGGUGAUCACCCACAGACGACCAACCAACCAACUGCCACGUUGACAGCUACUGUUACGGAUGUGGCUGCGUCUAAAACUUCAGCGAGUGCGGUUGUGUCCAGCAGUCCGAGCGCCACAGAUCUCGGGCCGACAGUAGGUGCACGGAAGCGCAAAGCAGGUCUACAAAGUGUGCUUUCCGGGACCGGUUUUCGCCGACUCUGA